UCUUUCGGGGUGCUAACGACUCCUCAUACAUAUCAUUUCCCUAUUUUCCUCUUUGGCAUUAAACACUCUUCAUACCCAGCGCCGCACAACGUACAUUGCGCAACAGAGUUGUCAAAGUCUGGCCUCCGCCUCUACCCACGUUUCUCUGAGAAGACCUGCCCAGAGCAGCCAUUCAUCCAGCUUAUACUAAAACUGCAGCAUUCCCACCGUAGCCCGGAGUGCAGCUAUGUUUUCCUGCAGAGCGGCCUGGCAAAGGUGUGGGCCUCUGGCUCGGAGAGCAGCCUACAGGUUGCCCCGGGAUGUUGUGCAGCGGCGACCAAUGUCCUCACUUCCUGGUGGGUCUGGGGACAACAUAGUCUACACCUUGCUGUGCGGUGGAGUCUUUGUUGCCUCUGUGUCAUAUGUAUACAGCACUUUGUCCACGGACACCAGCAGGUACAAUGAUCGCAUUGAAGAACUCGAAGCCAGACCCAAAACAGAGUGGGUCCCUAAACCACCACCUAAAAGUGGGGACGAAGAACAGGCUGGAGAGGAGGAGGAGGAGGAGGGAGCGGCAGCUGAGGAGACCGGUGAAGAGGCUGAGGUUGGUGGAGAGGAGGCUGCUGAGGGCGAGGCAGAGACUGUAGUGGAAGCAGUCGCUGAGGCAGUCGCCGAGGCUGCCGAGGUCGUUGCCGAGGUGGCAGAAGAAGUUGCUGAAGCUGCGCACGAAGUGGAGACGAUCGCAGAAGAAGUGGCUCAAGUGGCCGAAGCUGUCGAGGAGGCUGCCGAGGCUAUCGCAGAACCAGCCGCCGUCGCUGCUGAGGAGUCCGAUAGCAACGUGCCGCUGGCAGCUGCCUCUGCUCUAGAGGUAACUGAAGUAAAGGAAGAGUUGGCAACCGCUGUUGAAGACAUCAAGGAAUCUCUUACACCAGUAGAGGCACAGCCUGUUGAAGAAAUUGCUUCAGGUGAGGAGGCUACUAAGCGAGAAGAAGAAGCCCCUGCCCCAAUGGAGGUUGCAGCAGUAGAAGAAGCCCCUGCACCGGUGGAGGUUGCAGCAGUAGAAGAGACCCCUGCACCGGUGGAGGUUGCAGCAGUAGAAGAGGCACUGGUGGAGGUUGCAGCAGUAGAAGAGACCCCUGCACCGGUGGAGGUUGCAGCAGUAGAAGAGACCCCUGCACCGGUGGAGGUUGCAGCAGUAGAAGAGACCCCUGCACCGGUGGAGGUUGCAGCAGUAGAAGAGACCCCUGCACCGGUGGAGGUUGCAGCAGUAGAAGAGACCCCUGCACCGGUGGAGGUUACACCAGUAGAAGAGGCCCCUGCAUCGGUGGAGGUUGCAGCAGUAGAAGAGGCCCCUGCAUCGGUGGAGGUUGCAGCAGUAGAAGAGGCCCCUGCACCGGUGGAGGUUGCACCAGUAGAAGAGGCCCCUGCACCCGAGGAGGUUGCAUCAGUAGAAGAGGCCCCUGCAUCGGUGGAGGUUGCACCAGUAGAAGAGGCCCCUGCAUCGGUGGAGGUUGCAGCAGUAGAAGAAGCAGCUGCAGAGAUCCUGGCAGAAGGUCCCAAGAGAGAGUACAUUGUUGUGGUUCUGGAAGGAACAUCUAAAGAUGAAAAACGGCCCAAGGUGCUGGGAAUAAGCUCCAUGACUGGAAGAAUCAUCCCAGCUCCAGAUGGUGACGACGCAUCUGCUUCAGAGGGUAGGCGACGUCUUCUUAGGAUGCAAAUGCAGUAGUUCCAAAUAAGUAAACUGCUCCUGAAUGAUGACUUUCUCUCCUGCAGAAGAAGAGGAUGUGCCUUUCUCCAACACGUCCCCUCCUCCCUUUACCCAUUAAAACCCAAGGGACUGAUAUGUAGUUCCAGUAUAAAGAUACACAUUCUGCACAGAUCAAUGCUUGCUUUAUGGAACCAUGUACCAACCUGUUAGCAGUGCCCAUAUGGCCCAUUACAGUGACACACUGACUUGCAUGUCUGACUGUAUAGUGUUGUAUAAGCCCAGUCAGUAGUCAAUCUCUGGUGUAUCCUUUAGUAACUUCAAAAACACUUCUUGUAACUUCAGUGAAUUGCAACCUGUUAAUUGCUGUGGACAAACCUGAGCCAUCCAGUCACCCUUUUCUCUUACCGUUACAGUGUUUACUGCCUCAGAAAUCACUCCAGUGGAAUACCUCGCUACUCGCCACAUCCUGUUAACCCAGUCCCUGCCCAGCCACGUGCAACUUGAAACUAGUGGUAUCUUUUAAAGAAGCAAGGAGCAUUUUAUUCACCAGCAUUCUUUACAACACUUACCGUCAGAUUUUUCUUCUGCUUCUCUUGGUGUGAAAAUGAAUAGAUAACACUUGCUGUUGUUGGUCUUCUUUUAUGAAGAAACAACAUGUACAGCAGCCACCUUGCUACCUCACUCUUCCUUGUGUUUUCAGUCUUUUCAAAUAUUCUCAGACUUCUUCUUGUAGUGUCACUGUUACAGUUCCAAAGCCAACAUCACAGUUGCAAAGCCACUGACUUCAAUAAGCACUUAAACGUAUCCUGUAAAACUGAAAAAGGCAGGCAUCGUUGAUAUCCCUUCAUUUGUCUUCCCUUUUAAAGGGUAGUGUACCUCUGAAACAUGAGGACAAUGUUGCCGCUCUGCUCUCAUUGGGUUAAAACUCUGAAGCAGGUUUCUCUUCUGGCCACACCCCAGUCUGUGAUGUCCCAGCAGGUACUUUUGUAAAGCACCAGCUGUGACAUCAUUGAAUAGGCUAAGAUGUGAAACAGAAUUAAAAGGUUUGACUCAUAGAGAGCAGCGCCGGGGGCGUUCAGCGUUGAGUGAGUUCGUUUUUCAAAUGUGUUUCUUUAUCCUUAUUGUGUCUUUAAUCUAAUGAUUACAUGUGAAUGUAUAAAAUAUGACGGGCAUCUUCCUGAUAUUAAGUUGCAAUCUCUUGAACUUUGCCAUAACUAGGUAUGGAUUGUGCACAAGUCCUUCUUGUAUCCUUUUUUUAUCCACAAUUCCUCCUGAGCCAUUGAUAUAUAUUCAAUAAGCAAUGCUGGUUUUUACCGAGAGAUGUUCAGUGAGUUGGAGAGAGGAAUGGAUACGCAGCAUCAUGUUCUACUCGUCUUGUGUUAGUCAGAUUUGUGUGGAUGUGUGAUUUAAAGGCUUGCAGAAAGUACGCACAGUAAUUAUAUUGCUGUGCUGGUGUGACAUGAAAUGUGUGUUUGGGAAGUGUUACAGUAUGUCUGAAGUCUCCAGUGUGAAAUGCUUAAAUACCUCUGUUGUAGUCCUCCCUUCUGUGAGUCCCUUUCACAUUUCUGGCCUCUACUGUGGAUUUCCUGGCUUUGUUAGUUUGAUGUAUGGCAUUUGAAAAAUAUCUGAGAAGAAUUUGACUUUACUUGUUAGUAUGUAUUUUAAAAAUGGAAAAUAAAUUUGGAAAAUGACAUUCUGUCUGGUUGUUGCUCGCAGGCAGGUUUCUAUAAUGGGAUGUGAGUGGAAGCCUUUGCUUUAGCAGAGGACAGAAACUACAUUUGCAAAAUAAAGUGGGAUUAAACUGGA